ACGUAGAAGUCCUUGAUGUCUGUUUAUGUCCGUACCCACUGUGAGUCUUGCGGCACGUCAUCAGGAAGACGUCAAGGGAAGGCGCCUCAAGGCGAGUCGGGCGCGGCAGGCCACUUUAGGGGAAGCCGGCGCUAUGGUUCUGUGUGGGCCUGACUGAGCGGCUUCUUUGGCUGUGGUUAGUAAAACCGCGCCUCGUGCCUCAGCGAUCUUUUCCUUCGGGUCUACCCCCGGCCCCGCAUGACCUGCCCCUAAGGGGAAGUGAGACUGAAUUCAGUGGGGUUUGCUCUUAGUCGUGUGCAUCCUUAGGAUUGCAUCUAGUGACAGUCUUGAGUAAAGUCCCAUUCAUUGCAGUGCGGAUCUAGUCCGAGUAGUGUUAAUAAUAGACUAACAAUAUCCCACUAGGUGCUCUGGGCUCUUGAAUAAGAGCAUCACUAUUUUUAGCAGAAACAUUUUCCCGUCUUUAAAAUUUUCUGGGGACAUUUACGCUUUAAAGCAUGCCACUUGGAAGAACUAAACAGUAGGUCUGGGGGUGUUUACCUGGGAGUAAUUCCUAUUGAAAAUUGUGUCUUUUUAAGAAAGUGCUAAUCAGGUUGUACUUAUAAAAGCUAUGGUACAUGUGUCAUGCAACUUAGGUCAACAGGUUAGAAUGAGAUGGUUGGGACUUUGAGCUAUUGAUUUAAAAGAAACAAUAUCAAAACAAUGUCAUUAAUUGUACUAGUCAUACUAAAAGCUGUGGUUUGUGGCUUUGAAUGAACAUUAUUAAAAGCACAGCCUAGUCUCUCUGCUCUCAAGCCCAUCUUUCACUCAGAUAAUGAUACAUUGAUGGUAGAAAAAAUGAGUGGAGGUCUAGCACCAAGCAAAAGCACAGUUUAUGUAUCCAAUUUGCCCUUCUCGUUGACAAACAAUGACUUAUAUAGGAUUUUUUCCAAGUAUGGCAAAGUGGUUAAAGUUACAAUUAUGAAAGACAAAGACACACGAAGGAGUAAAGGGGUUGCAUUUAUUUUGUUCUUGGAUAAAGAAUCAGCACAUAACUGUUCUCGGGCACUUAACAACAAACAACUGUUUGGAAGAGUAAUAAAAGCAAGUAUUGCUAUUGACAAUGGAAGAGCUGCAGAAUUCAUCCGCAGACGAAACUAUUAUGACAAAUCAAAAUGCUAUGAAUGCGGAGAAACAGGUCAUUUAAGCUAUGUUUGUCCUAAGAAUAUGCUAGGAGAGCGUGAACCACCCAAAAAGAAAGAAAAGAAGAAAAGGAAGAAAGUAAUUGAGCCAGAAGAAGAAAUUGAGGAAGAAGAAGAAAGUGAAGAUGAGGGAGAAGACCCUGCUCUUGAUAGCCUCAGUCAAGCUAUAGCUUUCCAGCAAGCCAAAAUUGAAGAAGAGCAGCAAAGGUCAACACAGACAGCAGGGGAGCCUUCAACAUCUGAUUCAAGAAGACCCCGGAUCAAAAAAAGUGCAUAUUUUAGUGAUGAGGAAGAACUCAGUGAUUGAUUUAUAUACUAUAGAAAAUAUGGACUUGUGUUCUGUACAUUGUAAAUAAAAUAAAUAGUAAUUUGAGAACACAAAUAUUUAUAAAAUUGCAAGUGAAUCUUUACAGUGAAAAGUAUAAUAUUUUCAUGAUUGAUAGAUAUCAUGGAUAAGGUUUUUUUUUCAUUUUAUCCUCAACUAUGAUUCAGUAAACAUGUUUUUAUUUCUAGCAUCAACAUUUGAAUGCUGUUAGGAGCAUUUACGAGUCUUUAUAUUCAUAUGAUUAUAAAAAAACUGUUCACUUGAGCCAUGAUACCACAGUGUGUUGAAGAUCUAUGUCAUAAAACAGAUCUUUAUUGUACUUUGGACAGGAUGUAUACAAUCUGAAAAGGAUAAACUAGAAAUGUUAUGUGUAA